AAAAUAAACUAGAAUUUUUCUCUAGGACAAUCCACCUGACAAUUGAUGGUUAUAUUUUACAUAAUAACCAAUAUUUAAUAUUAAUUUCUACUGUAAAUAUUACUCUAAUGGCUUAUUUAUCAAGGUGUCAAAUUGGAAGGACUCUUCCAACUUUAGCGAAAUUAAUCGGACCCAAUCCCGUGAUCGUCCAAAGAAAUGUCGCUCCAGCUGCUGUCAGAGUUUAUAGCUCGACAUCUUUUACCAAGAAUGUUGCUAGAUUAUCCUUACAAAGUAUUAAUCAAUUAAAGAAAUCUCCAGGUACUGUAAGUGCUUUUGCUAGUCAGAUACGUUCAUCAAGCACUCAUGAUCACGUUCGUUUGUGGCAAUUAGAGAGAGUAGCUUCAGCAGCAUUUAUUGUUUUGUUCCCAGCUUGUUUUAUGCUACAGAAUGCCUUUGUUGAUGUUCUCUUUUCGACUUUACUUGUGAUACACACCCACUGGGGCUUGGAAGCAUUAAUUAUUGAUUACGCGCGUCCAGCAGUUGUUGGUCCAGUUUUACCAAAAAUACUGAUGGGUCUGUUGUACGCUCUCUCUGUGGCGACAUUGGCUGGCCUUGGAGCUCUAAUUUACAACGGACCAGGCGUCAGUGGAUCCGUGAAGAAAAUCUGGGAGAUGGGAAAUAAGUAAAAUAAUUAAAAACUAGAAUAUUAAAUCAAAAAAACUGAAAUGUUAAAAUUAUUUGUUGUUAAUUUAGAUGAGAAAUAAAAUAUUGUCAUGGUAAUA